GCCGGCAAUGAGGACAGUGGCGACUGUACCCACUGUGCCGAGCGAGGCCACAGGGGUGCUGACUGGCGGCAGCAACCUGGCCUGCGCGUGCCGCAACGCAAACCGCAACCCCGUCACCGGGGCGGCGAUCUCCUGCAACUGCUAUUUUGUUGACCAGUCGCGCGCGCGUUCUUGCGCGGGCGCGCAGUUUGGCCAGGCGUCGGGCCUCUGGUACCGCAGCUGCUGA